AUGUCGGGUGAGUUUUUAUACCAUGAAAUAACAAUUCAUGAUUGUUUUGCAGACGCCGUAAAACAAAUCACCAAUGUUAUCCAAUUAUACGAAAAUAAUUUCAACAAAUUGGAUAUAUCAAAUUUCGCACAAAUUGCACAUGUUGGAGCAAUUGUAGCUAGAAUAAGAUCGGGAAUUCAAUUAGAAAACGAAGUAAUCGAUAAGUUAAGAGAAUUGGAAAAACAGAUUGCUAUAUAUUCUAGAAAAAUGGACAAGCAUUUUGAUCAAGUUAAAGAGCUUAUGGGCAAGAAUAGUUUCUAUGCGGAAGUUGCGAUGAAUGCACCAAUGCUUAUGAAACUAAUGCGUGAUACAUUGAGUCAACCAAUUCAAGAUAGUGUCAAUAUUUUUGAGGAUGCUUCUAAAAGACAACCACCAUUGCGUGAUGCAUAUGUGAGUAGGGAACACCGGUGGGAAAAGAUACCGUAAAAGUGUUUUACAGUAAAGAAAUCCUAAAAAUCGUGAAAUUUGUUAUACGUCAAAACAGUGAAAUGUAAAAAAUGUUAACGUAUACAAAAGUUCCGUUAAGUGAAAAAGUAAAUUUUCACGAGUACAUUUAAUUUUUUUCAAAAUCGAUAUUUUCAGAAACUGAUCAGUCUCAUCGAGCAAAAAUCAACAAACCCGCUGAGAAAAGCCAUGGCUGCAGAAUCUUUGCCAUCAAGAAGCACAUUUAACAAAUGGCAUGAUAAUAUCAUGCGUGUUAUUGGGGAAUUUGUAAGUUUCGCUUAGCUCAUACAUAAUCAUACUUAUUUUAAAUUUAGUAUAUUCUCGAACUGUACAUAAAUGGUCUUUUGUGGGAUGCAGAUAUGUAUGGACCGAAUCAAUUGAAAUCUAGAAUUGAGACAUUGCAAAACGAUGUAGAAAAUUGGCGAAUUGAUUAUGAGAAUAAAGUGGUUUGGCCGGAAAAGACGAGAGCGGUGAUUGAGAAAAUACAAGAUGUUGGGACGAAUUUUGGGAAGCAGGACACGUUAGAAAAAACCUUUGACGAUAUUCUAACUACGUAAGAAGGGGACAUCCUAGAUUAAGAAAGGGUUCCUGAUCUUGGCAGAUUCGUUUAAAAGUAGUCUGAAAGCCCUUCUUAAAAGGUUCAGGCAAUUGUACGUUAAAAAUGGUUUUUUAACGUUUACCUAUUUUUACCAUAAAAUACAUUUUACGACUUUACGCUGGGGGGGGGUACCCCAGAUUGAAGACCGGGUUUCUAACCUUUUCAGAAGCCUUCAAAGCCUCUCAAAUCCCUUAACUACUCUUUCUUAAAACACAUCAUUACAGUGACAUAUUCUACAUUCAAGUGUACAAUCAAUGUAGCGAUUCUAACAGGCAUAAUUUUCAUUCGGACCCUUCUCAAACAAUUAUUUCCUGCCGUCGUGGUGGAUGUUGUGUGGUUGUAUAUCGAAGUAGACAUGCGAAAAUUACUAGGUUUGCCUUGAACCCCUGAAGAUAGACCUAAAAUGAUAAUCACAAUUUUCAGAGAUGGGACAUCAAGUUCAAAUAUUCGUGAAAAAUGCAAACAUAUACUGCAAAUUCGAGCAAAUAUCGAUAGAUUGCUUCAAAUUUUCCCGGAUUCUACGGAAAUUCUAUCAUUGAAUAUUGCAUUUUUGGACUAUGAAGAUAUUAUUGAGGAUUAUAAGGGAAAUAUUUCUAUGGGUGGAAUUGAGAAGAUCCCGAGUGAUGAAUUCAUGAAAAAAUAUUGGAAAUUGAUGGAGUUGAUCGCAUUUUCUUGA